UAUACACGAAUUCUAGUCUAGAUAUUAAUUUUCCAAUGCAUUUGGUCGAUUCAAAUCAAUCCAUGAAUCACCGGUAGUCAGGCAUGCGCAGUGAUCGCGUAUUUGUGUUUUUGUUUACUAUUUGAAUAUCCUCCACGAAAAAUGAAUCCUUCCUCACCGGACCAAGAUUUCAGGUAAAACUUGUAAAACUCUGAAUAGAACAUGUAGGAUAUACUCGCAGAUGAAAACCUCAUUGAUAAUGGUACAAUGAAUAAAUGUUAUGAGCUAACAACAUUUAGGUUAUAUUCAGAGUUGAGGUCUCUCCCAAGUUCUGAAUAUUAAAGAAUUUUUGAUUCAUUAAUUACAGGAACAAUGAUGCUUGGGAAGACGAAGAAGGAGUGGAUGAGAAUGAGGUGCCAAUGGAACCCACCAUGACGGCUGGACUUACUCGUCCACCUCGAAUGACAAACAGCCAACUAGACAUAUUGAGAGAUAUAUAAAAUCACCCUGUGACCUGUCAGGAUUGGGUUGGCUUGAGUCACAUCAGGUCACGUCAGGUCGGUUGGGGUCACGUCGGCUCGGGUCACGUCGGGUCGACUCGGAUCACGUCAGGUCGGCCUCAGGACCACAUCUGUGUCGCCCCAGGGCCGAUCAGUGUCGCCCCAGGGCCGCAUCAGUGUUGCCCCAGGGCCGCAUCAGUGUCGCCCCAGGGCCGCAUCUGUCGCCACAGGGCCGAAUCAAGCGUCGCCUGAAUUUUUGGGCUUAUUUUUUUAUUAUAUAGAGAGAUACAGAAUUUGCACGGGAUGGUGAUCUCGGACUUCGGGGACAUUCAACAAAGAAUGAUCUGACAGUAGAGUAAGUUAUACUGCUAUCACCUUCGCAUCUGCCAAUGCUAUAGUUACCAAUUUGUUUCAUGUGUAGGCUGGCUGAAACAGUAUCAUCUCAGGGUUGCAAGAGGACAAUCAAGCAGUGCUUAAAUGCAUGGAAUGGUCUAAAAAAAGAGCCUUGGAAAAGCAAUCAUGUCUAAGGAGGCUUCUACAACAAACUGGGAAUCCAACAAUUCCCAAGGGAGUGCAAUUGAGCCCUAGAGAUGAGAAGGUGUUGGCAAUCUGGGGAAAAUUAACGACAGGGCCGAUUGCAGGUGGGAGUGCUGGGUUUCCAAAGAAGAGACUCGUCGAAGUGCAAACAUCAAGUGAAUCGAAAAAAGCACGGGUGUCCAAGCCAGAGACACGUAAGGCCAAAGCAUCGGAUGCUUUGAGUCAACUCAUGGAGUUUUCUGUGGAAAAUAUGAAUCAAGGACAGGAGCACACCGGCAUGAUGCGACAAUAUCUGCAGUAUAUGCCUCAAAUUGCCCAGGGUAUACAAUCGUUGCCACAACUUGUUGAAGUGCAAAAAAAGGAUGGCAGCUGUCAUGAAGACAUUCCUGCUACAGCGCGCUGCGAUAACUGGAGACUCCAGACUCUACAUGCAGAGAGCCGCCGGUAGAUUCGUGCAACUUUCAGUCAAAUGCAGCGCGAUCUUCAAUAUCUUCGCUGCCUUUCCCAAAUUCGUUCUUUGGUCAAUUUUCACCGCCUGCAGCAGGCCAACAUGAGUUUCCAGUCGGAACAUUCACCCCGCCCAUCACCAGCUGUCUUGCCUCAUCCAUCCCCAGAUUGCUCAUGAG